AUGGGGAGGGUGGGGUUGGGGGUGGCGGUGGGGUGCGCGGUGGUGACGUGCGCGAUCGCGGCGGGGCUGGUGAGACGGAGGGCGCGGAGCUGGUUGCGGUGGGGGCGGGCGGUGGCGGUGGUGGAGGGGUUCGAAGAGGGUUGCGCCACCCCGGUCGGGAGGCUGCGCCAAGUGGUGGACGCCAUGGCCGUCGAGAUGUACGCUGGGCUCGCCUCCGAUGGAGGGAGUAAGCUCAAGAUGCUGCUCACCUUCGUCGAGACGCUCCCCGAUGGUUGUAGGUACGUGGACACAAGAAUAUGAGAUGGAUGUGUCUGUGUAUCUGAUUUCCCAAGGAGACAAUAUGGAGAUACAAUGUUUCACUGGAGACAAUGCAGCAUGAGCCAUGAACUCAAUUUCUCUAGUUUUCAUUACAUGUUCUGAAAUUUCGACCCAAAAGAAAUAGUGAUCAGGUAACUACCUUGCAUGUCAGUCUUGUCUUCAAAGGAGACCUUUGCAUAUGCGGAAUUAUGUUGCAUGAAUGAAGGACUAUCUGAUAUGUACAAUCAUAUAGAGAAGACUGUGGUGGGUAUAGAUCUUGA